GAGCCCUUGGGGCUGAGGUUCUGCCACUGGCAGAGAGAAGAGUGGGUUUGGCAUGGGGCAGUGUUUGAGGUACCAGAUGCACUGGGAGGACUUGGAAGAGUACCAGGCCCUGACCUUCCUCACCAGAAAUGAAAUUCUGUGCAUCCACGACACCUUCCUGAAGCUCUGUCCUCCUGGGAAGUGUUACAAGGAGGUGACACUGACCAUGGACCAGAUCAGCUCCCUGCCAGCCCUGCGGGUCAACCCUUUCAGAGACCGCAUCUGCAAAGUGUUCUCCCACAACAAUGUGUUCUCCUUCGAGGAUGUGCUGAGCAUGGCAUCGGUGUUCAGUGAGCAGGCCUGCCCCAGCCUGAAGAUCGAGUAUGCCUUUCGCAUCUAUGAUUUUAAUGAGAAUGGCUUCAUUGAUGAGGAGGACCUACAGAGGAUCAUCCUACGACUACUGGACAGUGACGACACAUCUGAGGACCUGCUGAUAGACCUCACAAACCACGUCCUGAGCGAGUCAGACCUGGACAAUGACAACAUGCUGUCCUUCGCAGAGUUUGAACACGCGAUGGCCAAGUCUCCAGAUUUCAUGAAUUCCUUUAGGAUUCAUUUCUGGGGAUGCUGAUGUGGCCUCGAACACCUGAUCUGGCAGCCUCAAG